AUGUUCCCACGAUUCGAAAUUGCAGGCUUCGCCAUCACCUUGACGAUCGUGUUCCUGAUCGGGGCUCGAUUCAAGCCUUCGUUUCCGGACCUUGAUGCAUCGGCGGCAGUUCUCGGAUUCGGCGGCGACGAUGUUGACGAUGGUAACGGACUCGCACGUGGCAGUAUUGGUGGAAGCAGUAAUAGCCGGUUCGACGACGUGGAGGAACCCAACCCCUUCGAGGACGUGCGGGUGGCGGACGUUUUCAACGACGUGGCGACGGACAGACAGGACGACGAGCUCGGCAACAACAUGGACGACGCCAUGAACUCGACGCUGGGCUUCGCCAAGGUCUUUGUCAUCUCUAUGCCCGAGAGGAGUGAUAAGCGGGACGCGUUCAGUUUGCAGGCUCGGCUGUCGAAUAUAUCGUUUGAAGUCCGCGACGGGGUCGCAGGGGCAGAUGUGUCGGUCAAGGCUCUUCCACAUAGCUUUACCCAGGACGCCGGUGCCACAGGGUGUUGGCGGGCACACCUUAACGUCAUGCAGGAGAUGGUGCGGGACAACAUCCAAUCGGCCAUGGUGUUCGAAGACGACGCGGACUGGGACCUGGCCAUCAAAUACCAGAUGAUGCAGGCGGCACAAGCAACGCGGUUCGUGACGGCCCAGCCCGAAGAGGAGAAGCCACUGUCGCCGUACGGCGAUUACUGGGACAUCAUCUGGUUCGGGCAUUGCGCAGCCGACACGGACAAGACAAACGACAGGAGGUUUGUCGUGAUGGACGACCCGACCGUCCUCCCACCGUGGUCCCGCUCGGAAUUCGUGCACCCGGACAUGUCCAUCUGGGAAGAGGACUCGGACGACUACCUGAAUUUCCAGACGCGCAUCUACUUCCGGUCGAGCUGGAAUUCCUGCACGGCCGCGUACGCCAUCUCUCUCAGGGGCGCCGAGAAGGUCGUCUUCACCGAGAGCAUGGUUCCCUUUAAUGAUCCUGUGGACAACGGCAUGGGGGCCAUGUGCAAAGAGCAGACUCUCGACUUUACCUGCAUCGCACCCUUCCCCACGGUCGUGGGUGUCUCGAAGCCAGCCGGCGCAUCCAACAGGGGGAGCGACAUUCGCGGGCUGGACGAUGAGUCCAUCAUUGAGCAGGGCAGGAGUGAAAAGAUCAUGUACUCGACGAGGCAGAACAUCCCCCGCAUCCUGACCGGCGAGGACGAGUUUGUCAGCGUCUUCCCGGAGGACCAGGUGCCACCUUUAACGGUCAAGGAGAUUGGGCGAGGCAGAGGCCACCGGGAAUGGGUCUGGAAAGGAUACAGGUACUUUGAGGAAGACGAAUACCUCGAAGCGCGAGCCGCCAGUGAAGAGGAAGAAAAAGACGAGGACGACAAAGAGGAGGAACAAGACCACGAGUCGGAGGCUGAUGAAUGGAGGAGUCCCAUCGAGGAGGAAACGGAAGAAUCUCAGCGAGUCUCUGAGAAGGAAACAACUUCUAACUCAGAGGAAGAGGACCGAGAAGAGGAAGAAGAAGAGCUUGCAGAAUCCAAAGACAAGCACAAAGAGGAGGAGUCGGAUGAGGAUGAAGCACCGCUCAAGGCCAAAGGCCCGCUACACCGAUACAGAGGCUCCAAGGCUAAGCAUCAGUGA